UAUAAUUUUAAAUGAUGUAUCGAGUUCAAGUUAGGACCCCGUACGGUGUCUGGUGCUCUCUACGGUAUUUCUUGGUGUUGCAAUUUAACACAUCACAGCACAGCAGCAGAAUGUGAAAAUUUCAAGGGAACAGGGAAAAGGCGAGAGAAGCAUUAAUCAUACGCAACAAUGAACAGCUGAAAAGUGAAAAGGAUGUGAUUGAUACAUCUGACCUUUUAUCCGAUUCUUGAAGUAUUUGAAAGGAAUGAUACUGCAUAUGUUUGAUUAACAGUCCUGUGCAGUGUCUAAUGAACUUGUUGAAAGUUUGAGACAUUUGUAGAGGCUUAUUGGGGAGCACUUAGGAUUUUUUAGUUAUUAGUCUAGGAAUUGAGACAGCUUAGAUACAUGCUAGCUGUGCAAGAGACGGUUUCCAUGACAGUAAAAUGUUGCUGCAUUUUCAUGACCCUGCAAAGCUGAAAACGAAAAAGGUUGUGUAUGAAGAAACUUAUUAUGCCCGAGAUUCUGGCACUCUAGAACAGCUCAAGGAACUGAGUUCAAGGCGAAGAGCAGUUGAAGAAUCUAUCAAUGGCAGUAGUUCUAUCACAGCAGCAAUUGCAAGAGAAAUGGCAGGUGGAACAACUUCUCGAGUCCAGCAGGAUAUUCAAAAGCUGGAACAAUAUUUGCCUUUAUUAGAAAAUCUAGUUACAAGUGUUGAAUCGGUUGGAGACAAUGAUCGCAUUCUUCAGUGGACGACAGAUCUUAAAAUACGUUGGACCAGUGCUUUAAUUGCAUCUUCUCCCUUUAAUCUUGGGGGUCCCAAGUUUUUCCGUUUGGAUCACUUACGAUUUGAAUUUGGAAUGACCCUUUCUCUCUAUGGUGCCCUCUUGAGGGAAAGGGCUUUAGAAUUCCUGUCUUCAGAUUUAGUUGAAUCUGCAACUCUUUUUAGAAGGGCAUCAGGAGUUUAUCAGUACCUCGCUCAAGAUGUACUUCCUCCUCUAGAAACCAUGCUUCCUCCAGAGAGGCCCCUUGAAGCUACACCCUCAAUGGCUUCUAUUAUGAGUCUUGUUUGUUUGGCAGAGGCCCAAGCUGUUACAGUUCAAAAAGCUGAAGCCAUAGCAACUAGUGGAGGGCUCCUUGCAAAGCUGCACUAUGGUGUGGUACAAUUCCUUGAAGAGGCAAGCAGUCUACUGAAGUCAAAUGUUGGUGACUGGAAUGACAUAUCAGACAGAUUCAGGAGGUUCCUCUCUGGAUGUAGUAUUCUUCACGAAGCUCGAAGUCAAAGAUAUAUUGCUGGUGACUUGAAAGUAUCAGAGCAGAUGGGCCUUGCUGUUGGAGUGCUACGUUAUGCAUUGAGCAAUUUUCAGGGCAAAUGGCCUGGUGAAGAUUCUUGGAGGCAGACUUAUAAGCAGGAGCUUGACGCUCUUAGCGAGAUGCUCAGAAAGUGUGAGCAUGAAAAUGAUUUCAUAUGGCAUGAUAAAUUGCCUUAUUUGGACGAACUGCCCCAUUUAGAAGGAAAGAAAAUUGCAGCACCAAUAGCAUACAAACCAUUCCGGUUAGACAGAGAAUUUGUUUUUGUGGUGUGAUUUCACAAUAUAUUGAAAUCAUUCUUUGUUAUCCUUAUCAAAAUGCAAUAAAUUGUCUUGGUGUUACUUUUCCAAUCUCAUAACAGCUUGCAUAUGAAUUGACAAAGCAUUGCUUUGCAAAGUCGUGGGAGAUCAGACAUAAGAUUUUUCAUUUGAAUAGAUCCAGAAUAAAAUGUUAAAAUGCUCCUCUGGGCCAUGAAAUUCGUCUAGGGUGGCUAGAUGUAAGUGUUGGAAGAAAGCUAUAAGAAGUCUUUUGUGGGCAGAAAUUAGUUUUGUAACCUGGAGAACGAUAUCUAUAUAUAUAUAUAUAUACACAUAUAUGUAAAUUACAAUUCUGAUGAGAUAAAUUUGAGAAAUUGUUCCAAUAUUAAAGUGAAA